AACGAAGAGACGCGUCCAUUAUAAGAAAAACUAUAUUCAAACAAACACAGAACGCUGCCGGCGUCCGUACGUGCCGGACGUCUGAUGGACGAUAUAUGAAAGAAAAAUAAAAAGAAAAAAACAAAAUAACGUGUUGUGUAUUAAUGUGUGAUAAAAUUAUAUACAAAAUGAAGUUUAUUUUAAUUAUAUUUGCGUCUGUGUCGACUUUGUGCUUCGUAAGAGGGCAAUCAUGUUCUACUCCCAGCGGUGGAAGAGGACAAUGCAUAUCUAUAUUGAACUGCCCGCCUCUAGUCACAAUAAUAAAUAAAAAGGAGAGAACACAACAAGACCUAGAUCUGUUGAGGAAGUCACAGUGCGGCUUUGAGGGGCAGACACCAAAGGUAUGCUGUCCAGAGCAGUGUUAUACACCUGACGGCGAAGCAGGAAAAUGCAUCGGCAUAUAUUCGUGUCCACACCUGGCGGCCAUGCUCAAACCACCAUCUUCUAAGCAAAACAUCCAAUACGUACAGAAUUCCAAAUGCGAUGGCCCCGAACAAUACAGCGUGUGUUGUGGUACUCCCAGGGAGCAACCACAAGUUGGAAAUUGCGAGAACAGAGUGAACGCGUUCCCGCCAGACCCAUCAACUGAAUGCUGUGGAGUUGACAGUGGAACCGGAAAUAAAAUUAUUGGUGGAACAGCUACAACAAUCGACCAGUACCCGUGGCUGACACUUAUCGAAUAUACAAAAGAUGGUGUCAUAAAAACAUUGUGUGGUGGAGCACUAAUUAGUGCUAGAUACAUAUUGACGGCUGGUCAUUGUGUCGUAGGAGCUGUUUUAGAUUUAGGAACUCCAAAGAACAUCCGCUUAGGAGAAUAUGAUACAAGUAACGAUGGAAGUGAUUGUGUGGCGACAGAAGGCGGUGGCGAGGACUGUUCCGACCCUCCGGUUAUCAUUCCUAUUGAAAGAUCCAUCCCGCAUCCUCAGUAUGACCCCACUACCCGGAAGAAUGACAUCGCUUUGAUCAGGAUGAGGCAAAACGCACCUUUCACAGAUUUCAUUCGGCCCAUUUGCCUUCCAACAAUGGACAUUACUUUAAACCCUCCAUCGAACUUCAGACUAUUUGUGGCAGGAUGGGGGGCAGUUAACGAAACCAUUAACAAAAGCAAUAUUAAACUGCACGUGUCUGUUCCAUUCGUUAACAGUAAGGAGUGUGUACCAGUGUAUAGUCAUCCCAAGCGAAGAGCCUCCUUGUGGAACAAGCAGUUGUGUGCAGGUGGUGAAAAGGAUAAGGACUCCUGCAAAGGUGACUCUGGAGGUCCACUCAUGUACGAGAACGGACGGAUCUACGAACUCGUCGGGGUUGUCAGCUUCGGUCCAAAGCCUUGUGGAGUUGAGAACAUUCCGGGGGUGUACACCAAAGUAUAUGAAUAUAACACUUGGAUCCGUAGUACAAUAAGGCCUUGAAAUGUAAAGAUGUAAAUUAUUAAAUUAAGAACAAAGGAGAUUGUGUUAUAUUAUAAUCAAAAGAUAGGUAUAAUUUGAUGUCAGUGGUACAUAAACGGGCUGAAAUAUUAAAAGUGCUCAAACUAUAAAGAUUCAAUGGAAAUCCGUCUUUAUUCUAAUUGAAGUAUUUUAUAUUUCUUCUUAAUAUGAUCUCAUUGAUUUAAUAAUUACUUUUUAAAAUAUUUUCAUUUUUAAAAUUAUUUAUUUUGAUAUUGCAAUUUUUACUUGAGAAGGAAAAUUAAUUUUAAACUUUAUAAUUAUUUGCGCACUGAAUGUAGAUUUUGCCAACAAAAUUACGAACAGAGACUGAUUUUAUUUUGGUGCACUGACAUCGCUCACUUUUCACAGUGUUUUUAAGAUCUCUAUUUUAUGUACUUUAACUACUUAAAUUUAAGAAUUUUAUUGCUAACAUGAUCGUAAUGUUAUUUUAAUUCUGUUAUUUCAUUUGAUAUUUGAAAGAGACAAAGACAUUGAAGUCAAAUAUUAAAUCAAUGCAACAUCAUGACAAUUA